CGCGCCGCGGUCCCGGUCCCACCCCCGAAUGGUUGAAUCCAUGGCUUGAUCCGAGUUGCUCCAUCGCCAAACACACCUCCCCAGCUCUCUAUGCUCGCGGCAGCCGCGCCUGCCACCAUCGCGGGCUUGCGCACGAUCGCAUGGCCAGGCCAGCUCUGAAGAAGCUCGGCACCGGACCACCAGGUGCCAAGGAGGAGAUCAUCCGCCUCUGCUCUAGAGGCCGCCUCAAGGAUGCUCUGCACCACCGCUUCCGUGAGGGCCUCUGGUCGGAACCCAGCCUCUUCUCCCACCUCUUUCGGGCCUGCCGCGCGCUUCCGCUCCUCCGCCAGCUUCACGCCUUCGCAGCCACGUCCGGCGCCGCCGCCGACCGGUUCACCGCGAACCACAUCCUCCUAGCCUACGCCGACCUGGGCGAUUUCCGCGCCGCGCGCAACCUGUUCGAGAGAAUCCCGAGCAGGAAUGUCAUGUCCUGGAACAUUCUCAUCGGGGGUUACAUCAAGAACGGUGACCUGGAAACCGCGCGGAAGCUAUUCGACAAAAUGCCCACGAGGAACGUCGCGACGUGGAAUGCCAUGGUCGCCGGGCUCACCAACUCCGGACUUAACGAGGAGAGCUUGGGCUUCUUCCUCGCCAUGCGGAGGGAGGGGAUGCAACUUGACGAGUUUGGCCUCGGGAGCGUGUUCCGGUGCUGUGCUGGGCUCAGGGAUGUUGUGUCCGGGCGGCAGGUCCAUGCAUAUGUUGUGCGGUCUGGACUAGACACGGACAUGUGCGUUGGGAGCUCACUGGCACACAUGUACAUGCGGUGUGGUUUUCUUGAAGAAGGGGAGGCUGUUCUCCGAGUGCUGCCAUCUCUUUCCAUUGUGUCAUGCAAUACCAUAAUUGCUGGAAGAACGCAGAAUGGAGACUCAGAGGGUGCUCUCGAGUUUUUCUGCAUGAUGAGAAGUGUUGGCGUGGAAGCAAAUGCAGUAACAUUCGUGAGUACCAUUACUUCCUGCUCGGACUUGGCAGCUCUUGCACAAGGUCAGCAGGUUCACGCACAGGCUAUCAGAGCUGGAGUCGACAAAGUUGUGCCCGUCAUGUCUUCUCUUGUGCAUAUGUACUCUCGAUGCGGGUGCCUAAGUGACUCAGAAAGAGUUUUCUUUGGGUAUAGUGGUACAGAUCUUGUGCUGUGCAGUGCGAUGAUCUCAGCUUAUGGAUUCCAUGGGCAUGGACAAAAGGCAGUGGAUCUGUUCAAACAGAUGAUGGCUGGAGGGGCAGAACCCAAUGAGAUUACUUUCUUGACCUUGUUAUAUGCAUGCAGCCAUAGUGGUCUGAAAGAUGAAGGCAUGGAUUGUUUUGAGCUUAUGACUAAAACGUAUGGAUUGCAGCCAAGUGUUAAACACUACACUUGUAUUGUGGAUCUUCUUGGACGUUCGGGUCGCCUAGACGAAGCGGAGGCCCUUAUCCUGUCAAUGCCUGUGCGUCCUGAUGGGGUCAUAUGGAAGACACUACUGUCUGCUUGUAAGAUCCAGAAAAAUUUUGACAUGGCUGAGAGGAUAGCAGAACGUGUCAUUGAGUUGGAUCCUCAUGAUUCUGCCUCUUAUGUUCUUCUGUCAAAUAUUCGUGCUACCAGCAGCAGAUGGGAGGACGUCAGUAAGGUAAGAAAAAACAUGAGAAAACAUAAUGUGAGGAAAGAGCCUGGUGUUAGCUGGGUGGAGUUUAAGGGUAAGGUUCACCAAUUCUGCACUGGAGAUAAAUCACAUUCAAGGCAACAAGAGAUUGAUGAAUGCUUGGAAGAAAUGAUUGCCAAAAUCAGGCAAUGUGGGUAUGCACCAGACAUGAGCAUGGUGUUCCAUGAUAUGGAGGAUGAGGAGAAAGAAGUUAGUUUGGCUCACCACAGCGAGAAGUUGGCUAUAGCAUUUGCUUUUCUGAGUUUACCUGAAGGAGUUCCUAUCCGUAUUAUGAAGAAUCUACGCGUGUGUGAUGAUUGUCAUAUAGCUAUUAAGUUGAUGUCUAAGGUAACUGGACGGGAGAUUGUGGUCCGUGAUGUAAGCCGUUUUCACCAUUUCAGAGAUGGAAAAUGCUCUUGUGGUGAUUAUUGGUGAUAGGGGUAGAGUGCCAUGGAAACACCUUUUUACCUCAGUUGAGUCAAGAAGACUUCCAGCUCUAAAUUAUCAACAGGGAUGUAGGAGUAGAUGGACAGGUCAAUCCACAAAUUCACUCAUCCCACAGGACCUGACGUACUGAUGAGCUCUACGAGUUCUGUGAGUUUUAGAACAUGAAAGCAACCCAAUGACAUGAUGUCGCGUUGAGAAGGAGCUCAUCAAGAUCAUUGUAAUAAGGCUACAAACUCUUAUAAACUUGUCCUCCUGUUUUGCAGUGCAUAUGAACAGGGUUUUUGUCCCUAGAAUUCUAAAAGAAAAUGAGUGCAUGGUAUUUCAAAUAAUUCUGCACAUGAAGGUUUGGUUGCUGGUGAGUUAUUAAGGUCCUAAAUACAAUUCCUCUCUUUGGAGCUA